AUGACACAGAUAGAUUCUCAAAUCAUAAAGGACUCGUUAUCGUCGUCCACUAAUACAGCUACAUUUGGAUUGUCAAAAGAUUUAACAAUUCCUAUAUCUGUAAAGAUUUGUUAUCUCCAGCCAUCAGAUAUAUCACAAGUUUAUAAUGAUUUAUCCCCAUCAUCAGAGAAAUAUUCUAACCCACUGGUAUUUCAGAAGUUGUCCAAUAUAUAUAUAAAUUCAGACCUAUUCGUGACAAUUCAGGUGUUUGGUGGUACUAAUAAUCCAAUUACAAUACCCAUACAAACACCAUAUCAGGCAUUUACUAAUAAUAAAAGAGAGUGGAAUAAGGCAUUGAAGCUCCCGAUAAACUACAACCAAUUGACGAUAGAUUCGUACUUAAGAAUUGUUGUAUAUGAAAUCAGUAAUACUAAACCUAUAAUAUUUGGGAUAGGAAAUGUAUCACUUUUUAAUAAGAAUGAUUCUACACUUAGGAGAGGCUCACAGAAAGUUCCUAUAUGGAGAAAGUUUGACUUUUCAAAGGAGAUAGAAAUUGAAUAUGGAUAUAUACCAGGAAUCACAGAAUUAGAGCAGAAAUUAGUAGAUUAUGAAAAUGGAGAAUUUCCCAAGAUACCAUGGCUCGAUAAGCUAGUUAUGUCAGAUAUCGAAAAGCAGAGAAACAUUAAAUUAAAUGACAAAAAAGCAUAUUCUAAUGAAGAUAAUGAAGUUAACAGAGAUCUAUUCUACCUUUAUAUUGAAUUUCCACAUUUUGAACUACCCGUCGUUUAUUCUGACAUAACAUAUCAAUUGCCAAUUCCAGCAUCCUCCGAGGAUCGAAAUAAUACCCAAACUUUAAGCUUAAAUGACACUACCAAUACUAGCGUAAUCAUCAAUUCUAUUGAUAUACCAAUGUCUAAGGAAACUAAUAUGAAUUUAUUGAAAGUAUAUGAUCCUGAUUAUGAGAUACCGAACCUAAACAGUAUUAGUGCUAAUGGAAACACAGCACAGACUAACACUGCAAGUAACACUCUUGAUCCGAUUGAAAUGAAAUAUCAUAAGCUAGAAAGAAAUAUUAAUAAUAAUUCUUUGUUAGAUAAAGAAUUAAAACCAUCUCCUCAAUUAAGAGAUGAAUUGAUGAGAAUACUCAGAAAGCCCUCAAAUAUUGAAUUAUCAGAUGUUGAGAAGAAUCUAAUAUGGAAGUUCCGUUAUUACUUUUCCAAGAAUAAUUCAACUACCACUGCUACAGUAGAAGAUAAUGCGAACCAUAACCUUUCUUCGACUAAACUUACAAGAAGCGGGAAGCUUUUCUUACCUAAAUUUUUAAAAUCAAUUAAUUGGGAUAAUGAUUUUGAAUUGGAUCAUGCUUUUAAUGAAAUUAUUCCGAAUUAUUGGACGGUAGACAAAAUUCAAAUAGGAGAUGCGUUAGAAUUACUAGGCAAUUAUUUCAAUCCUCAUACGUUGACAUCAAGGAUAGCGAGUACUUCGCAAGAGAGCUCAUCAAAUGAUCAAGCAAAUAUCGAAGAGCGUCGUUACCAAAAGAUAUUUAAAUAUGUAAUAUUCCUAAGAAAGUUUGCGGUUGAUAGAUUGAAAUUAGCUAACGGUGAAGAAAUAUUGUUGUAUCUUUUGCAAUUGGUGCAAGCCUUGAAGUAUGAAUCUAUCAUAUUUGACAAGAGAAUUAAUUCAGAAGACUCGGAAACAGAAAAUUUUACUUUGAUAGAGAAUAAUUCUUCAGACUCAUUAUUAUCAUCACCUCUUGCAACAUUUUUGAUAGAAAAAUCUGUUGAAAAUGAAAACUUAGGUAAUUUUUUUUAUUGGUAUGUUAAAGUAGAGAAUGAAGACCAGAUUAAUGUUCCUAGUCCUCAUCCUACCCGUAUUUAUUCAUUAAUAUUGAAUAAGUACAUCGAAAAUUUAAAAAAAUAUUCUGAAGCUAAUAAGCUGCCUAAUUAUAAUCAUUUGAAAAGACAAAUUUGGUUUAUAAAAAAAUUAACCAAUUUGGUCGAAUUAUUAAGAACUACUUUUAAAAAGAACGAAUCUACAGUUAAAAAGGUUCAAUUUUUGAGAGAAUAUUUGGCUAAUCCUUCAAACGAUCUAUAUAAAUUUCCUGAACCGUUUCCACUUCCUCUAGAUCCGUCAAUAAUAAUAUGUGGUUGUUAUCCUGAGGAAUCAUCAGUAUUCAAGAGUUCCUUAGCUCCCUUGAAGGUAACUUUCAAGACAAUUACAAAUUAUCGAGAGUUGCACCAGUCACAAUCAUCACAAUUAUUUGGGAAGAAGCAUUAUAAAUAUGGCAAAUAUUCGUUAAUGUUUAAAAUAGGGGAUGAUUUAAGACAAGAUCAACUUGUUAUACAAAUAAUAAAUUUAAUGGACCAAUUACUAAAGAAUGAAAACUUGGAUUUAAGAUUAACCCCAUACAGAAUCUUGGCUACAAGUCCAAUUGCUGGAUUAAUCCAAUUUGUUCCCAAUGAAACUCUAGAUGCCGUUCUAGCUAGAACAUACCCAGCUUCAAUUUCUGGAGAUAUAGAUCUGGUCGAUCAACAAUCCGGAGCUCAUGGUGCUUCUAAUAAUUCCAACGCCAAUAAUGGGAUAUUAAAUUAUUUAAAGUUACAUAGUCAUGAUGUUCAAGCAGCAGAACCUCAAAUGCUGAGUGUAUUGUCAGGAGCAAGUGAAAAUUCUAUACCCCAACCUCAACAGCAACAUGCUAUUACGUCGAAUCUUGGUGUGUCAUCAAUUGUGAUGGAUAAUUACGUAAAAUCUUGUGCUGGGUAUUGUGUGAUUACAUACCUACUUGGUGUUGGUGAUCGUCAUUUGGAUAACUUGUUGUUAUCACCAAAUGGAAAAUUCUGGCAUGCUGAUUUUGGUUACAUACUUGGCCGAGAUCCAAAGCCUUUUCCACCUCUAAUGAAGUUGCCUAUUCAAGUCAUUGAUGGAAUGGGUGGUUUGCACCAUGAAAAUUUCAAUAUUUUUAAAAAUUAUUGCUUUAUUACUUAUACAACAUUAAGAAAAAAUAGUAAUUUAAUUUUGAAUUUAUUCCAGUUAAUGUUGGAUGCAAAUAUACCAGACAUUCAAAUUGAUCCAAACAGAGCAGUUGAAAAAGUACAGGAAAAGUUUUGCUUAGAAAUGAGCGAAGAGGAAGCCAUUCUACACUUUCAGAAUUUAAUUAAUGAUAGUGUUAAUGCAUUUUUACCUGUUGUUAUCGAUAGAUUACAUAGUUUAGCCCAAUAUUGGAGAGCAUAA